UUGGCGUAUCGAGCUAAGAUCCAUCGUCUUUUUGCUGAGCUGGAGCCAUCUUUAACCGUCACAGAGCAAAACCUGGCAGACCGAGUUCGGUAUAUCUUGCGCUCAAAUAUAUUUGAUGUCGCCGAACUCAAACGGCUACGACGAGAGGCUGUUCCCUCAUCGGAUAAAAAUGCUACGGCUGAGGAUGCGGCGCCACAAAUUGUAGAGCAACCCGCAAAAAUGGAUGCCAACGUGAAUACCCCAGUUGUGGUUGAUUCAAACGAUGAUGGAACAGUCGCCCAGGAACUGGAAUUAGAGCAUAUGAGGAGUACAUUGGAAGAGGCAAUUGUGGAAACGCGCAGUACGCCUCUCGAAAAUCGACCGCGACUUCCACGCAUAGCCCUAAGUAAGCGGAAUCGGGCUGUCGUGAGUGCUCUGAACCCAAUGCUGGUGACCUUUUUGGAAGCCAGCCGGGACCUUUGCGAGACGUACUCAAUUCUUUUUGGCGCCGCGCUAGCAGUCUGCCGUAUCAUGGACACCAAGGUUUCCACGGCUGGACACGCUACUGGCCAAAGUAGCGCUAUCCCAGUAUGGAGAAGAAGAAUUGAGGAGCGUAUCGCAAAUACUAGAGCUCUUAUCAGCAAACUGAUAUGCAUCAGAUCUGGCAAUAACAGGCCAAGAAUUGUGCGCACCGUCAGGAUGGCGUUUGCUGGGACAAAUGUCAGUUUGUCCCAGCCGGAUAUAACGCAAAAACUGACGGAGCGCAUAGAUGAUCUGAAGCAGAGAAUCGCUGCUUGGGGAAAGCGGAUUCGGCGAUAUACCGAGAGGUCGACACGGUUCAACCAGAAUCGUCUCUUCCAGAGUGAUCAGAAGGGGCUCUAUGUAUCAUUAGUAGGGCCCCGAACUGGAAAAGUCCGGGACUCGACGGGCUGCAUCACUGCUGGCUGA